AAACACGCAGUAGUUGAAAUAAUCUUCUCUGCUCUGUAGCCAACUCUCUCUUCAAAUUCCGAUCCUUCUCCUUUAUCGUUCUUACGCGCGCGUACACACACACACUCGGAGGCAGCCCAGAGUUUAUCUUACCGCAGAUCGAUAUGUCGACGCUCUACAGAGGAAUGUCGAGGAAAGAUAAGCCUAGAGGACGCCAUCAUGGAUUGACUCAACAGAAAAAGCAGGAAAUAAAGGAAGCUUUUGAACUUUUUGAUACUGAUGGAUCUGGAAAUAUUGAUGCCAAAGAGUUAAAUGUUGCAAUGAGGGCACUUGGUUUUGAAAUGUCAGAAGAGGAAAUUAAUCGAAUGAUAGCAGAAGUAGACAAAGAUGGGAGUGGUGCAAUCGACUUUGAUGAAUUUUGUCACAUGAUGACAGCCAAGUUUGGAGAAAGGGACACCAAAGAAGAGCUCAUGAAGGCUUUUCAAAUUAUUGAUCAAGAUAAAAAUGGUAAGAUUUCAGCUGCAGAUAUUCAGCGCAUAGCAAGAGAGUUGGGUGAAAAUUUCACCGAGAAAGAGAUUCAAGAUAUGAUUGAUGAAGCUGACAGAGACCAUGAUGGGGAAGUAAACGCGGAUGAAUUCAUGAGGAUGAUGAGGAGACCUCUUAUGUUACUAGAUUGCAUUAAGCUCGUGUGCAGUUUUUCGACGCCCUUACCUUUCCUAUUUUUUGUUCUUUUCUGCUUUAUUAUUGUAAUAUAUAUAUAUAUAUUUUGUUGGUGA